UAUGACUGUAGCAGGGUUGGUGUGUGUGUGUACGUGUGUGUGAGAGAGAGAAGGAGAGGCGGAACUGAAGUCAUAAAUGCAUGAAUCUUGCUGAAACGCAGAUCUGAGUGUCUGUAGUAUAGAAACUGCUUCUUUCUGAGUGUGUGUUCAGUUCAGGAUGAGGGUCUUUCUGUGUGUGUGUUUUGCUGCUGCGAUUGUUUUUACUACAGAUGGACAGACAGACCCAGAUUUUGAGAGGCUUUGUGGAGGUGUACUGGACUUUGAUCUGUGCAAAGCAGAAUGGAAUUGUAAUCUAAACAUCAGCAGGUGUUUCUGUAAGGAUGAAACUCCUUUCUGCAGGUGUAACAACUUUGCAGACGAGUUUUAUCUGGGCGAGGACUGUAGUCAGAAAUGGACCACACUGACCUUUGCCCUCGUGGCCUCUCUUCCUGGAAUCACACUAGCUUUCGUGGUGGGACUUAUCGUCCACAUCAUACACACCUGUUCAGGAUCCGGCAAGAGUGACGGACAUGUGAGUAAACAGCAGUCCAGCCCUCCUGCAGAAGAGAAUUUGUUCCCAGGAAUGGUUUUUGCAUCUGACGUGGCUGCUCGUCCUAAUGGUUCCACUGGUCCAAGGCCACCACAAGUUGGGAUUCCAAUGCAAAACACACGCCCAUACAGUAUUCCAGAAAGUCCACGUCCUUCAACAAACAGACCACCUAUGGGAGACCCUCGGCAACCCUACAACCCAUCUGCUAGCAAUCGUCUAUCAACUGACAGACCACCAAUGGGAGGCCCUCGUCCAUCACCUGACAGACCACCAAUGGGAGGCCCUCGUCCAACCAACAGUGAGUUUGAUAGGCCGGCUCUAGGAGGACCCCCGCAGCCCUACAGCUACACUGCACGCCCUGGUCAGGUACUCAGUAACCCGUAUGCUAAAAGCAGGAAUCCCUAUGAAGAGGACAGUCCGUCUCCGGAUUCGUACAGGAAAUAUAAUCCGCCCGCCUCCCCGCAGGGUUUUGAUGACAGGAGAAUGGGUCAAUCUUCAGCACCCUCUUACUCAGGCUCAGACUAUGGCAACCGCGGUGCCUUCCCUCGAGUGCAGGUCAAUCGCAUGUACUGAAGAGGCAGAAGGCAGAGGGAUUCUGAGACAUUUUAAUACAAAUUUAAAACAAAUGUUUAUUGGGCUCACUUUAGACUCCGCAGGACUAUUGUCAAGAACGAUGUCUCAGCAAGUGUACAUACAGGAUCUGUUAUUUAACAUUAUGAAAUUGUCAUAAGAAUAUUACAAAAUUAUUUUUUAAUCUUUAACCUUUUCACCAUGAAACAUUACUUUGUUUUUUUUUUCUGUGGAUUUCUUUCUAGCAGUGAAACAAGUAACAUUUUAAAACAUUUUUUUAUUGAAUAUGUAUAAUAAUAUCAUAAUGUUCUUACAAAACUCAUGUCUAGAUUUAAAAUAUGAUGUUCACUUUCUUUUUAAUGCUUAUUAAUGCUUAUUCUUUUUAAUGCUUUUUAAUGCUUAAACUCAUCAGAACAUGCACCAGAAAUGGAGAUUUUCAUUCUUCUGUAUUUUCAUGCCAUUGAUGUUCAUUAACAUAUACAUGUGCUACAAGUGUUUACAGAGUGUUUAUUAAUCUGGUGUUAAAUAUUAUUUUAUUUUAUUCAUACUUUACUUAUGAAUUCACAUAUGUUUCAUGAGUGAGGCCGAUAGUAUUCAUAACACAUUUUUCUUCCUCAGUUCACACAAUUACAUAAUUACUAUUCACCGGUAACCACUAUUACUGCUGCUCUUCCAAUGAUCAUAUUUCCACUACUAUUUAUUUUGUUUAAAGGCUGAUUUGAAAGAUAAUAAAUCAUGAUUAUGAAAACCUACACCACCGAUUCAGCUUUAGGCUUCCAGAGCUUUGAGACAAUGAAACUGUUGGCUAUGCCCCAGACCUUACAAGCUCUGCAUGGUUCCACGUGUUCAGUAAAAAGACAUUUACCACUUCUAAACAUGUUUUUUUUCUAUUAUUAUUUUUUUUUAAGAAAUAGAAUAAACCACAAUUACAGGUAUUGUAUUUAUAGCAAAUUGACAUUCAACUCUUAACAAUUUAUGAGCUAAACAUGGUUAUUUGUGCUGUAUAUGCAAAAGCACUAUUUUUUUAUAUUAUUAAAACAAUACGUUAUUUACACACAUUUUGCAUUAAAACAUUUAAAUGCACUUUGAACAUUUGUAAUGUAUUGAUGUCAUUGAUUAGUCAUAUUUAAUUUCUUGUUCACAGAUUUCUGUACAUUUGCUUUAUUUAAUCCAAAUGCAAAUAAAUCAGAUUUAUUUUUAA